UUAUGUAUAAAACCAAUUGAGGUAUAGCACAAGCACAACGGUAAACUUGUAAUCUGGAAUUCUCCAAUAAAAGUUACAACCUCUUUCGAUUUCUAUCGCGCGUGUUUUGUUUCUGACAUGCACUACGAAGAGAUAACGUUUUGAAUUGUUUUGUGAUCGUUGAGAGAAGAGUAAAAUAGAAGUGAAAACGUUUUGAAACAUGGCGACUCGAACAGCCAAGGCACCCACCACUGCUCAAAUGUUGAAUGACAGUCUGAGCAAGUUGGCUGUCACUAACUGGUCACCCAAGGCAUUAAGCUCUGAUGUUCCUUUUAACUACGAUGUUGUUGAUACCGUAUUUAAAAAGGAACUCCUGGGAAGUGAUUUUAACAUUCGUAGGAUCAUGCUGCUCGAGUUCAGCCAGUAUUUGGAGAACUAUUUGUGGCCAAACUACUCCCCAGAGCGCAGUACACCUGAGUAUGUAAUUUCUAUUGUAUGCAUGGUGAAUGAGAAAUACAGAGAAGCAGUGCCUGCAUGGGAACCAUUUAAAACUAAACCAGAACAAUUUGAGCAUUUGUUCAAGCAGAUUAUGGACAUGACACUAGAUGAAAAUAUGAGUUUGCAGCAAAGAACGGUUCUCAUUAUUUUCAUGGAUCAUUGCUACAACAGUCUGGAAAUCGAUGUGGUUCGAUCACAAGUGCAACGCACAGUAAGUCUUGCUAUGUGGGAGAACCUUAUGCCAUCCCGGCUCCAGCAGGAGCUAAAAAAGAGUGGAAAACUGAGGAAGGCUUGGAAGUCCAUCAUGAAGAAAGAUGCAAAAUUGGAUGAAGAAGUGAAAAAACGCAACACUUUCGACCGUGGGUUCUUACAAACUGCAAUGAAUAAGUUUUGCAGCAUGAUUGCAGCGAAAGAAUUCGAUCAACCAACUGUUGAUUACUGUCAUAGAUUUUUGGAUCUAGUUAUAGAUCUGGACUCAUGUUUGCCUACAAGAAGGUGGUUUAAUACUGUGCUUACAGAUACCCACCUUGUAGUCCGAUGCAUGAAGUCCAGUCUGUUUGAAAAGGAUGAUGUUUUUACACAGUUGGUGAAGACACUUCAGAUGUAUACGUCAUUUGAGGUAAAUGAUCUAACCGGAGAGCCUCUGAGCAAACAAGAAAUGAUGUCCGCUCACUAUGAGCGAAUGAGCCACUUUCAAAGAUGUGCUUUUUCCAAAUUUUCAAAACUAAGAAACUUUGCCCUUGGUUCUGUUGCACAGCUUGACCAAAGAAAGCCCUUGGAAAAAUGGCUGCAGGAUCUAGAUAUGGAAGAACUACUUGAAUUGUGUGAGGAACUGAACAUAAAAACUACUGGAACUGAUGACCAAGACACUGUGCUUGAAAUGAUUGUGUCUUUCCAUGAAAGAAGGCCUUCACAAUUAGAUGCUAUUAAUGAAUCUCCUCUCUAUCCAACUGAGCAGGUGCUGUGGGAUGAAAACUUAACUAAAACUGAUCACUUUAAUAUGGAUUCCUGCCUUGCUUUGCCAAAGUUGAAUCUGCAGUUCCUAACACUUCAUGAUUAUUUGCUAAGAAAUUUCAACCUGUUUCGACUUGAGUCAGCAUAUGAAAUUCGACAAGAUGUUGAAGACGCAGUUUACAGGACUAAGGCAUGGAAAUCAGAGGACGGUGGUUGCAUAUUUAAAGGCUGGGCAAGAAUGGCACUACCAAUUCAAGCUUUCAAUGUAGUUGAGGUGGCAAAACCCAACAUUGGAGAAUCCCAUCCUUCCCAAGUGCGAGCUGAUGUUACCAUAACAACCAAUAUACCACGAAACACAAGAGAGGAAUGGGAAAAUCUAAGAAAACAUGAUAUCUGUUUUCUUUUAGCUGUUCAACCUCUAAAAAAUGACCCUAACAUGUCCAAAAGGUCAAAAAUCCCCUUCACAGAAAGGUUUAAUGUCUUGGUUCGUGGAUGUGAGGUGGAAGGUAUGCUGGAUGAUGAUGGUCAUGUUAUAGAAGAAGGGCCUGAACCCAAGCCCAAAAUCCAAGGUCUGAACCGCACAUUUCGUGUGUGGUUGGAUACAAACCAAUACCAAUCUGACAUGGAGUCUGUGGUAAAAGAAGGUCAUCCAGAUCCUUAUGAGUCUUUGAAUCUUAUAGUGCGAAGGAAACCCAAAGAGAACAACUUUAAAGCUGUGCUUGCCACAAUCAGGGGUUUAAUGAACACACAGUGUGUUGUGCCAGACUGGCUGCAUGAUGUCUUGCUUGGUUAUGGUGAUCCUAGUGCAGCCAAUUAUUCCAAGAUGGGACAACAAAUUAAGGAACUGGAUUGGAAUGACACCUUUCUUUCAAUUUCACAUUUGAAAGAAAGCUUUCCUGAUCAUAAAAUCGACACAGAAGAAGCUGUUUCUCCUCCUUUUAAGCUAACUUUUGAUAAAGAAGAUACAAACAUAGUGGUAAGAUCGCAUGUAAUACCAAACCGUGGUCCUUACAUUCGCAAUGCACCAAGAAAAAAUGCUAUCCACUUUACCCCCACACAAACAGAAGCAAUUAGAUCUGGGAUGCAACCUGGGCUCACUAUGGUUGUGGGUCCUCCUGGUACUGGUAAGACAGAUGUAGCAGUCCAGAUCAUCUCAAAUCUGUAUCAUAACUUUCCAGAACAACGGACACUUAUUGUUACACAUUCCAAUCAGGCAUUGAAUCAACUCUUUGAAAAGAUUAUGCAGCUUGAUAUUGAUGAGCGUCAUCUUCUUCGUCUUGGUCAUGGAGAGGAACAGCUGGAAACAGAGAAAGAUUUCUCCCGCUACGGAAGAGUUAAUUUUGUGCUUGCAAAGAGAAUCGAGCUGCUGGAAGAAGUGGGAAAGCUUCAGUCGAGUCUAGGAGUGCCAGGAGAUGUGUCAUACACUUGCGAAACUGCUUGCCACUUUUUUCUGUACCAAGUUCUGUCACGGUGGGAAAAAUAUGAGAGAAGCGUGGUUCAAUCAAAAUCUAUUGAUAUUGUUGGAUCAGAAUUCCCUUUUAGUGAUUUCUUUUCUGAUGCUCAGCCUUUGUUCAAAGGCAACAACUUUGAGCAGAAUUGGGAAAUCUCUAAAGGAUGUUUCCGAUAUAUCCGAAACAUCUUCACACAACUGGAAGAGUUUAGAGCGUUUGAACUGCUGCGAUCUGGCCUUGACAGAUCCAGAUAUCUACUUGUUAAAAGUGCAAAAAUUAUUGCUAUGACCUGUACACAUGCUGCACUCAAGCGACAGGACCUCACUGAGUUAGGCUUCAAAUACGACAACAUUCUUAUGGAGGAGUCUGCACAAAUUUUGGAGAUUGAAACCUUUAUUCCUCUUCUUCUCCAGAAUCCCAUGGAUGGUUACAAUCGCCUAAAGAGGUGGAUAAUGAUUGGAGAUCAUCAUCAAUUGCCUCCAGUCAUCAAGAACCUUGCAUUCCAAAAGUUUUCCAACAUGGAGCAGUCUCUUUUUGCCCGUCUUGUUCGCCUGGGUGUCCCCACAGUCCAACUUGAUGCUCAGGGUCGAGCAAGGCCAAGUAUUUGCGAUCUUUACAGAUGGAGAUAUAAGAAGUUGGGAGAUCUUCCUCACAUCAUGAAGAACAAUGAAUAUCAAUCCUUCAACCCAGGUCUUGUGUUCGACUUUCAGCUCAUUAAUGUGGAAGAUUACAUGGGUGUUGGAGAAUCGGAACCCAACCCUUACUUCUACCAAAACCUGGCUGAGGCGGAGUAUUGUGUUUCCCUGUUCAUGUACAUGAGGUUGUUGGGAUACUCCCCUGAUGAAAUCACCAUCCUCACGACAUACAAUGGGCAGAAGCAUUUGAUACGAGAUGUGGUUAGGCAGAGGUGUGGGAAUAAUCCACUUAUUGGGUGGCCAAAUAAGAUAACUACUGUGGAUCGCUUCCAAGGACAACAGAACAACUAUAUUAUUCUCUCACUCGUGAGAACAAAACAUGUUGGACACAUCAGGGAUGUUCGUCGAUUAGUGGUUGCCAUGUCAAGAGCUCGACUUGGUCUUUAUGUCUUUGCCCGAGUUUCUCUCUUCAGCAACUGCUUUGAGCUGUCACCAGCUUUCCGUCAACUGAUGUCACGCCCGCUGAACCUUGGCAUUGUCACUGGCGAGAAGUAUCCACCUAAAAUGCUUCGGUCACCUGGUAACUCUCACCUUACUAUGACUGACAUGACCCACAUGCAUCGUUAUGUGUACGACAUGUACAUCGACAUUGCAAGGGACAUGAACCUUAAACAACCCGUGCAACAGCAGCAGCUUGAAAAGCCACCACCAGAGGAUAAAAAGGCUAAGGCGGAUGAACAGAAAGCAGUGCCGAUAGAGUUUGAAGUUAAACCACCAGAAGUUUUGAUGCAAAUGGAGGAAGGUGAAAUUGUUGAAGGCUCAUCGGAGACUGUCACAGAGGAUCCUAAGCCUCAUUCUGAUGAAGAGCCAGAUGCAAAAAGAAUUAAGACAAUAAAGACAAAAGAUGCUGAAAAAAGUGUGGAUGAAGUCAAAGCUACUGAAAAAGAAUCCACUGAUCAAAAUGUUCAAGUUGAAAUGGAAGAGGGAGAGAUAGAACAAACUUGAACAUCUUAUUCUUUCUGUUUAUGUAACAUUAGUCACAGCCAGUGCCAUUUUCGUUACCAUGUUCGCACACAAAACUCAGUAUGUUACGCAGAAGCAUAAUGUGAUGGUAACAAAAGUAAUAAAUAUUAUUUUGGUUAAAGUUCAAUUGUUUUCUAUCCAACCAUAAACACCUACAUUGCGUAAUUCCUAUUGUUUUUAAUUUAAAUGUUGUGUUGUUGCUCUAACUGGCUAUCAGUACGUUGCUACAAAACCAGAUCACAUACCGACAUAUAGUAGUAAUGUUAAAUAAACGUAAUUCCAAUCUCUGAAA